AAUCAGCUGAUCCUCUGCUGAAAAAACAACCAUCAACACUUUAUUCAUUUAGCAGCUCUGUCAGUGCUUUGAUUUACUGAUUGAUUCAUUUAUUGACUGAUUGAUUCAUUUAUUGGUUGAUUGAUUCAUUUAUUGGUUGAUUGAUUUCCCGCCGCCAGAAAUUCAAAACACGCGGUUGUUCCAAACCUCAUAAAGGUUUCUGUUAAACCCCCAGAGGAGCAGCUGCAGGAGGUCAGACUGCUGAUAAUCGAUCACUUCUGCUCUUCACUUCCUGUCAGCACGUGAGCAAAUCAAAAGAUAAAGAAAUGAUCGGUACUCACGCGCUGAAGCUCUGAACAGAGACGAAGACGAAGCUGCUGCCCGUCAGGCUGGAGAGGAGGAACUGAGAGUCCUGAUGAGGCCAGGUGACAGGUGUCCGGUGGGCGGGGCUUAUCGCAGCUCGAGCAGUCUGCGUCCUGCUGAUAGAGCUCGUGCAGUCCGCCUCUCAUUAACAUGAAGAAGAAGAAGAAGAAGGUGCUUUUAUUUUUUGUCUUUGUGGGUUUAAAGAAUUUGUUCUGAGCUCACAGAGAACCGGACUCCAGCGGCCCCUGUCUGAACCUGGACUUUAAGGAUCCAGCUGCUGCAGCUCUGCUGGUUUCUGUGCUGGUUUUACUGGUUCCACUUUUUCCACUCAGCCUCGUUAAUUCACCCGCAGCUGCUGCAGAGACACACGAGGAGACGACCUACUGAGGAGGAGGAGCCUAAUUUUACUCCUCCGCUUCCUCUCAUUACCAUGCCAACCUCAGAGGAUGACCCCACCGUCCAAUCAAAGGCUGCGGCGAAUCCUUUGGGCAAUCGGGACGCCAGCUUGGACUCGGGGGAGGAGACGGCGGCCGCGCUCCCAGACUCCAACAGGGAGGCGUUACCGUGGCAACGGAAGGAGGAAGAGGAGCGUGAUGAGCAGGAGACGAAGGCGGUGGCCUCGUCUCCGGACGGACGAUUCCUCAAGUUCAACAUCGAGAUCGGACAAGGAUCCUUCAAGACGGUUUACAAAGGACUCGACACCGAGACCACGGUGGAGGUGGCGUGGUGUGAACUGCAGACUCAUCGUCUGAACAAGGCGGAGCGUCAGAGGUUCACUGAGGAGGUGGAGAUGCUGAAAGCUCUGCAGCAUCCGAACAUCGUCCGAUUCUUCGACUCCUGGAAGUCGACGCUGAGGGGCCACAAAUGCACCAUCCUGGUGACGGAGCUCAUGACGUCCGGGACCCUCAAGACGUACCUGCGCAGGUUCCGACCCAUGAAGCUGAAGCUGCUGCAGCGGUGGAGCUUCCAGAUCCUGAAGGGUCUGCAGUUCCUGCACUCCCGCUGCCCCCCCAUCCUGCACCGAGACCUCAAGUGCGACAACGUCUUCAUCACGGGGCCCGUCGCCUCCGUCAAGAUCGGAGACCUGGGCCUCGCCACGCUCAAGAGGGCCUCGUUCGCCAAGAGCGUCAUCGGGACCCCGGAGUUCAUGGCUCCAGAGAUGUAUGAGGAGAAGUACAACGAGGCCGUGGACGUUUACGCCUUCGGCAUGUGCAUGCUGGAGAUGGCGACGUCCGAGUAUCCGUACUCCGAGUGUCAGAACGCCGCGCAGAUCUACCGCAAGGUCACCAGCGGAAUCAAACCGGACAGUUUUUCCAAAGUGACCAUCCCCGAGCUGAAGGAGAUCAUCGAGGGCUGCAUCCGCCCCGACAGCAGUGAGAGGUUCACGGUUCAGGACCUGCUGGAUCACCCGUUCUUCCAGGAGCAGCUGGGAGUCCACGUGGAUCUGGCCGAGGACGACGACGGCUCGAAGGCGGCUCUGAAGCUCUGGCUGCGGAUGGACGACAACAAGAAGCUUCACGGGAAAUACAAAGACAACAACGCCAUCGAGUUCCUGUUCGAGGUGUACAAGGACGUCCCCGAGGAGGUGGCCCAGGAGAUGGUGGUGCUGGGGUUCGUGUGUAAGGCGGACUAUAAUCAGGUUGCCAAGGCGAUCAGACACCAAGUGACGGCCAUAAAGCGUCAGCGGGAGAAACAGCGCCGCCUGCUGGAGGACGCCCUGAACCGCCAUAAGGAAGCUGCGGUCGAGGAGGAGUCUGACCCCGCCCCCUUACCACCUGAGGCGCCCAAUCAGAAGCCUGCAGCUGCCACGAGCACGUCUGCUGCUGGGAAGCAGGACUCAGCUGCUGUUUCAGGCCCCGCCCCCGGCUCGCUACAAGCCACGCCCCCAGGGACGGUGGCAUCAUCAAGCAGCAGCCCGGUGGACUCUGGGAUCAGCAGCGUGUCCAGCAGGACGGGAGGAGACGGCGACGAUGAGGACGACAGACAGACGUCACACUCCUCCGCUGCAUCGGACUAUAAGAACUCCUUUAGCUCCUCUGUUGUCCAGGAGAAGGUUGAGGCCACGCCCCCUCUGGUCACGAACCCCGCCCCCCUUCCGUCUGUCCCCGCCCCUGCUCCCCUGGUUCAGGAAACCCCUCGACCCAAGCCUCCUCCUCCCUCUGUGACUCGGGCUCGAUCCAAACCGCCACCCCUCCCCGUGCUGCGUUUCCCCAAGAGCAUCGCCGUGUCCCACAAUGCCGAGCGACUGCAAUCUGGAUCAGUCAGCGGCUUUACCUCACCUGUCGACAGCUACGCCUCUGAUGUGACCUCAGGGUUGAGUGACGGCAAUGACGGCCAAUCAGACAGAGGGAACAAGGAGGUGACCCCACAGGCGGCCGCGAAGCAGUUCAGGCGGAAAGCGAGAGCUCGUCUGAGAAUGACAGGGAUGUCAGACAUGGUGGACCGGGUGGUGGAGUGUCAGCUGCAGACUCACAACAGUAAGAUGGUGACGUUUAAGUUCGAUCUGGACGGAGACAAUCCAGAGGACAUCGCCUCUGUGAUGAUCCACAGGGACUUCAUCCUGCCUGAGGAGCGAGAAGGAUUCAUUGUCCGCAUGUAUGACAUCAUCAGGAGGGCGGAGUCUAUGAUGCAUAAACAGCAGCUGGCCGAUGCCAACAGGUCAUCUCACCUGAAUGCCUCCACGCAGCUCGAGUCCAUGCUGCCGGCCCAGAGCCUCUCCAGAACUCAGUCCACGUCUUCACUGCCUGACAUUGCAGAUGUUGACCCCUCCCCCUUGAAGGGCGUAGACUUCUACGUCGACUCGGAGGCCACGCCCUCCGUCAGAUCACUGAGGUCACAGUCUUUCCACACCUCAACAGCUGCCUCCCAUCAGACCCCCCCAUACCCCCUCCACUACACCCACCCAGACCCCCCCCCUCCUCGUCAGUAUUACCUCCCGUCUCCCCCCUACAACGCCCCUUUCCCCACCCAGGGCUCCUCCACCAGCCUCCCCCGAGUCCAGAGUAACCCCUCCCUCCUCAGCCCCUCCUCGUCUUCCUCAGCUCUCCCCCCUCCUUCCCCUCCUCACUGGCCCCCCCCUGACCAGCCUCUCUUCUCUCUGGCCAGUGUACUCUCUCUGGCCAUGAGUGUGGCCCAGUCCCUCAUGCCUCCACCUGUGACCCCCAACCAGGGCUUUCACCCUCACUCUCAGCCUAUGUCUCCUCCAGUUCCCUCCCCCCAGGCUCCCCUUACUCCCCCCAUGUCUCCAUCCCUGGGCACCAACCUCCAUCCUCUAAGCCAAGCCUCCUUCUCGGCGCCCUUCUCACCCAAGGUGUCCUAUAGCCCCCCCACCCCUCAGACAUACUCCGCCCCAGACAGCCAGGAGGGGCUGCCGCCUGGCCGGACUCAAGACGCACCUCAGGUAGGAUGGGAGCAUCAGUUACAGCCUCACAGUCCACUUCAGCUGAAGGUCAGCUCAGCUCCGCCCCCUAAUGGUUCAGAGACUGUUUCUGCUCCCAGUCUGACCAGUGCUCCCAAUGUGACCAGUGUUCCCAGUCUGACCAGUGCUCCCAGUCUGACCAGUGCUCCUAAUCUGACCACUUCUCCCAGUCUGACCAGUGCUCCCAAUGUGACCAGUGCUCCCAGUCUGACCAGUGUUCCCAGUCUGACCAGUGCUCCCAGUCUGACCAGUGCUCCCAGUCUGACCAGUGUUCCCAGUCUGACCAGUGCUCCCAGUCUGACCAGUGCUCCCAGUCUGACCAGUGUUCCUAAUCUGACCAGUGCUCCUAAUCUGACCACUUCUCCCAGUCUGACCAGGGCUCCCAGUCUGACCAGUGCUCCCAAUGUGACCAGUGCUCCCAGUCUGACCAGUGUUCCCAGUCUGACCAGUGCUCCCAAUGUGACCAGUGCUCCCAGUCUGACCACUUCUCCCAGUCUGACCAGUCUUCCCAGUCUGUCCAGUGCUCCCAGUCUGACCAGUGCUUCCAACUGGGUCAGUACUCCCAAUCUGACCUGUACACCCAGUCUAACCAGUGCUCCUAACAGGCACUGUAAUCCUAGUCUUGCCACAACUCUAAGUUUGACCAGUUCUCCCAGACUGAACAGUACUCCCAGUCUGACCAGUGCUCCUGGUCUGACCAGUGCUCCCAGUCUGACCAGUGCUCCUGGUCUGAACAGUACUUCCAUUCGGACCAGCACUUCUAGGCUGACCAGGGUUCCAUAUCGGACAAAUGCUCCCAUUCAGGCAAGGGCUUCCAGUCUGACCAGUUCUCCCAUUCGGGCCAGUGUUCCCAGUGUGGCCUCUGCACACAAACCGACCAGUGUUUCCAGUCUGACCACCGCUCCUAUUCGGUCAACUGUUCCCAGUAUCAGUAGUGCUCCCAGUCCAAGAGGCGAGCUCUGUGCCUCCCCCACUUCCUCACCACCUGUCUUGCGUCCUACCAACAGUGUGUCCUCCCCCAUGUUACCCUCACCCGGUCUGUCCCCCAUCCAGGAAGUGAAGAAAACUUCAGUCCUUGCCAUUGGUCGUUUCCAGGUGACGGCCUCUAAAGACACUCCUGCUGCCUGUCAUCAAGAACCCCGUCCCCUCAACCAGGCCACACCCACUGCCCACUCCCCACCUCCCUCCAGGCCGAACCAAACAGAGAGCUCAGGGAGCAGUACAGAUGAGCUAAGCACGCUGCCCCCACGUCUCCAGGGUGACCAUGAAAACCCUGGUCCACAGAAGGAAGAGGAGGAAGAGGAGAAGAAGAAGAGGAGGCCAAGUGGCAGUCCAUGGGAGGGGUCAACCAGCUCGAGUGGCAGCAGCUUCAGCCAAUCAUGGAACCGCCCAGCACCCUGCAUCAGCUCUGACGAAUCAGAGAGCGAGAGCGAGGAGAUGUGGAAGGAGCUGCAGGAGCUCCGGGGAAGACACCUGGCGGAGGUGCAGAACCUGCAGGCCAAUCAGAAGCGAGAGAUCAAGGACUUGUAUCUGAGGAUGGGUAAAGUCCCGCCCCCCGGCAUUGUCUCUCUGGCCGCCAUAUUGAACCCACGCCAGCGCCGCCUCUCCAGGACCGGAAACCACCCUCCUUCUCACAAAAGCAGCCAGCAGAGACCGGACGCGCUGCCGCCUGCAGGUAUCAUGAAGAAGAGCCUGGUCAGCGGCAGCAGCAGCGGAUCUCAGGACAGAGCAGGCAAAGGCGUGACCUUUGCCCCUGAACACAGCAGCACGUGAGCGAGAGGAGCUGAAGAUGAUGAUGAAGAGGAGUCACCCGUCACUUUAUUAUCCAACCUGCAGAAACAUGAAAGUCUCUGUUUUAACAGACUGAACUUCUAGAACUGAUGAAGACUCCAUGCAGCAUAUAAACAUUUGCAACACUGAGUUUGAGUUCAGAUUUUAAGUUUGUUUUUUCAUAUUGUGAAUUUAUGGUUUAACAUUUUAUGGACAAUUUCAGCACUUUAGUAAAAAGAUAUUGAGCCUUAAUGAGCCUCACGUUGGAACAGGUUCAUCAUUUCAACGUUCUCUUUGUUUUCUCAGGAGGUUCUGCAGGUUUAACUUCAGAUUUAGCUCAUAAAUGAUUGUGAAAGUUUUUUGGAAGGAAACAAAAAUCACAUGGGGUCUGAAUUCAAAUCUAAAAACCUGAAUCUGAAGUCUUUCUGGCUUCCUGUAGGAGGAACUGAGUAACAGAGUUAUCUGUUAAUGUAACAUGUCUGAUGUCUGCCUUAUGUGUUUGAUAGAUCACAUUAUUCCUAACAAUCCUGUUUAUUGAGAGUCCUCUGCACUUUCACACUUCACUUAAAGUCCCACUUCAGCAUCUAUUAGCAGUAUACAAACAUGAAAAAAAUAUUAAUAACGCAAUAUAAUGUGGCUGUAAGCAAUAACGCUCAGUAUUUGUUCUUCUAUAAUUACAUCUGUUCUGUCUGCAGAAGUUAACACAUUAAUAAACAGCUGCGUUGGUCUGUUGGUAACAGUUUAUUGCAUGUUUAUAUACUGAAGAUCAAUAUAGGGACAGUGAAGUAUCUGCUGGACAGUCUGUUUAUAAUCUGAAUCCACUGAAUGUAACUUUGAAUCACAGCGUGCCUUAUUUCAAGAAUAGUUAUUUAAUAUUUAGAGACCUGAUGGACAUACAGAAACCGUAAAUUAGACGACGUCCAGGUGACACAUGACGAUCUGAGCAUGUGGACAGAGAGGCGUCACAUCCAGCCCAGCAGGAGGGUUUUAAGUUUGGUUUGUUCACAGUUAAUGAACAUGAUGUUUUUUUGUGAUAAUUUGUCCCGACUUUAAAGUGUUUGUGUAAUAAAAGUGACCUGAAAUGGACCGAAAAACUUCA